AUGUCAUCUAAAGAUCGAUCAGGGCCAUGUGCCAAUUUGUGUAACUUCCUCCGGAUGUCUGGGGCUGACCGAGUGAGAGAUCUGUCCUUUAAAAACCUGCGGCCCCUGGACGUCCUGGCGGAGGUGGUCCCUUCGGAUGGAUCCGCAGGCAGAGUCAGGACGGUGCAGGUCCUCGGUGCCCGGGGCCUCCAGCUCUCGGCCGCCCCGCCCCGUGCCUGGAGCUUCCCUGCAUCGAGGAUUUUCUUCAGAUGUGACCUCUUCCCCGAGGAAUUUUCCAUCGUUGUGACCUUGAAAGUCCCCCGCCUUCCUCCCAAGAAGAACGAGUACCUGCUCACCGUGGUGGCGGAGGAGAGGGAUGUGCUACUGCUCGGCCUGCGGUACUCGUCCACCCAUCUGCACUUCCUGUUCCUCAGCGAGGACAUGGCCGGCGCCUGGCAGACCCGCGUGUCCUUCCGCAGCGCCAGCCUCAUGGACAGCCAGUGGCACACGCUGGUCUUGGCAGUAUCUGCAGGAUCCUUUUCCCUCAUCAUGGACUGCGGCCUCCCCGUGGACAUAAUGGCUGACGUGCCCUUCCCCGCCACCCUUUCAGUGCGAGGGGCCCGGGUCUUUGUUGGCAGCCGGAGGAGAACCAAAGGCUUGUUCACGGGCCUGGUGAGGCAGCUGGUCCUGCUGCCGGGCUCGGAUGCCACCCUGAGGCUGUGUCCCAGCAGGAAUGCCCAGCUGGCCGAGCUGUCCAUCCCACGGGUGCUGCAGGGGAAGCUGGGUGAUAACGAGGUGCUAAAAUACCCUUAUGAGGCAGACAUGAAGGUGACGCUGGGGUCCCGGCCACCGUGCACCAAGGCACAGGAUGCCACGUUCUGGUUUGACGCUGCCAGGAAGGAGCUGCACCUGUGUGCCAGCAGCCAGUGGGUCUCUGUGUUGGCAGCCAAAGCCAAGCUGGACUACGUGGAAGAGCACCAGCGCCUGCCCACCAACUCGGAGACGCUGGGCCUCGAGGUCUUCGGCAUCCCCGGCGUGGGGCUCUUUGUGGCCGCGGCCAAUCGGAAAGCCAAGUCCGCCGUCUACAAGUGGACGGAUGGGAAGUUCGUCUCCUACCAGAACAUCCCCACACACCAAGCCCAGUCCUGGCGGCACUUCACCAUCGGGAGAGAGAUCUUCCUGGCCGUGGCUAACUUUGGACCGAAUGAGAAGGGUCAAGAGGUCUCUGUCAUUUACAAAUGGAGCCACAGAAAGCUGAAGUUCACCCCAUACCAGAGGAUUGCCACCCACAGCGCCCGCGACUGGGAGGCCUUCGAGGUGGACGGGGAGCACUUCCUGGCAGUGGCUAACCACCGGGAAGGUGACAACCACAACAUUGACAGCGUCAUCUAUAAGUGGAACCCCAGCACCCGGCUCUUUGAGGCCAACCAGACCAUCGCCACGUCCGGAGCCUAUGACUGGGAGUUCUUCACGGUGGGGCCCUACUCAUUCCUGGUGGUGGCCAACACCUUCAACGGCACCUCCACCAAGGUGCACUCCCACCUGUACGUCUGGCUGGUUGGCUCCUUCCGGCUCUUCCAGUCCUUCCUGACCCUCGGGGCUGCGGACUGGGAAGUCUUCCGCAUCGGGGACAGGCUCUUCCUCGCCGUCGCCAACAGUCACAGCUACGACGUGGGAAUGCAGCUGCGCAACGAUUCCUACACCAUCAACUCCGUCAUCUACGAGCUGAACGUCACCGCCCAGGCCUUUGUCAAGUUCCAGGACAUCCCCACCUGCAGCGCCCUGGACUGGGAGUUCUUCUCCGUGGGAGAAGAUCACUUCCUGGUGGUCGCCAACUCCUUCGAUGGAGAAUCCUUCUCAGUGAACAGUAUUAUCUACAGGUGGCAGGGCUACGAGGGCUUCGUGGCUGUGCACAGCCUCCCCACCUUCGGCUGCAGGGACUGGGAGACCUUCGACACCUCGGCCGGCUCCUACCUCAUCUACUCCAGCGCCAAGGAGCCCCUGUCCAGGGUCCUGCGGCUGAGGACCACCUGAAGGACGGCGUGCAGAGCAGGGUGGCAGGCAGCCCAGGCAGCUGGCUGGCGGCAGGCGAGACGUGGCCCCUCUGUGCCUCUCUGAGCAGGGCUGUCCACCCGGCAGGUGGCCCUGCAGAGCUGCGUUCCUGGUGACCACUGGCCAUGUUCCAGAUGACCAGGCGUCCUUCAGGCUAAGGCCCAGGGCUGUCCCCUGGUGCUCCCAGCCUGGUCCAGCAGGGAUUCUGCCAUAAAGGAACAAUUGUACCAAGUUUUACCUCAAACACAACAGGGCCCCUGUGUGUCCCUGGCCUGGGCCUCCCCCUGGUGCGUCCCUGGCCUCCGGACAGUCUCCCCCAUGCAGUCCUCACGUGCAUCGGGAUGGACACCUAUUUAUUGUGUUGUAAUUGUGGAAAUAUAUUUAUAUUGCU